GGGUGGGAAGGAGGAGAUUUGAACUUGUAGACUAUACAGCAACAACCAGCAGCCAGCAACAGCUGAACAGUAGCGACAGACAGCACAGAGCAGGGAAAGUGUCUGUCUGCUACUUCUGUCAGGACUUGUUGCGCCACUGUCACUGACGUUAGGAGAUAUCAUGUCGUUCAUUCUUAUAAAGAAGAAGAGAUUUAAAUUUAAAGUACACUUCGACUUGGACGAAUUGUCAUCGGUUCCCUUCGUAAACGGAGUUUUAUUCUGUAAAGUUAGACUCCUUGAUGGGGGCUUUGCCGAAGAGUCGUCUCGGGAGUCAGUCCAGGCCAACUGUGUACACUGGAGGAAGAAAUUCUCUUUUGUUUGUAAGAUGAGUGCCAAUGCUGGGACAGGUGUACUAGACCCCUGUUUGUGCCGGGUGUCUGUGCGCAAGGAAUUGAAGGGUGGAAAAACUUUUGCAAAGUUGUGUGAUUUGAACCUGUCUGAGUUUGCUGGGUCUGGCAGCACCACGCGACGGUGUCUCCUAGAGGGAUAUGACACCAAGAACACCAGACAGGACAACUCAAUUCUGAAGGUUGUCAUCACAACACAACUCAUGUCUGGAGACCCCUGUUUUAAAACUCCCCCAUCUACAGCCAUGACUCUGGGAAUCUCACAGGCUGAAGCAGAGUGUCUCCUUGAGGACAGAAAGGGAGGGGACAAGCACAUAUUCCAUUCACUCACUGUAAAGUCCGUAUCAGUUCCAGAUGAGCUUGGAGCAUAUGGUCACUCUAGAACACCCAGCCAUGCGAGUCAGCAUUCAAAAAUCUCAGGUUACAGCUCAAAUCACUCCAGUUUAACUGAUCUUUGCCAUCGGAGGAGUGUGUCUGCGGGUUCUGCCUCCAUAGGCAUCGGCAGCAUCCCGGAACCUAGUGAUCAGCGGGGGGAGAGCAGGACCACUCCCCCAUUCUCAGCAACCUGUCAACACGCACCUGAACACUCCUCUACCCCUGCUAAAGUUCCAAGUAGACAUCCAGUAAAGCAGGACUCCGUGGAGAAUCAGCUGAAGAGAGUUGAUGCCACCAGGGUGGAUGCUGAUGACAUAAUAGAGAAAAUCCUGCAGAGCCAGGAUUUCAGCCAUGGCUUCUUGGACUCCAGUGCAGAGGAGGAGGGGCUCAGCUUGUUCGUUGGUCCUGGUGGGAGUACAGCCUUGGGAAGCCAGCAUAUGAGGGUCGCAGCUGGAGCCUUUGAGCAGGUGGUGAUCAAGCGCUAGGCUUUGGGAAGCAUCUGCCUGUCAUGUCAAGGGUGCCGUAUUACACUGAUGCGGGGGACACAAGAUUGAGUUGUAGAGGUGCUAUCAGAAGUUGCUCCUCUCACUCCAGGAGAUUUAAUUUCUCUUAGGCAAUCCCUCUGCAUCCGACCUACAGUGUCUGUUGACCAGGAGAGCCCCCUAGUGUUCAAGAAGUGGAGGUGAAGGCCACAUUAUUGGAACAUUUUGGUGACUGGGAUAACUGUUGUACUGACAAAUCUAUCGGUCUACUUCUAUAAAAACUGUAAGACUCAGGGUUAGUACGGUAAUUCUACAAAUAUUGUUCACCCAUCUUGAGCUGUUAAGGGGUUUUUCUGCUGUUUAAAAAAGUAUGCUUAACUAUCCAACCUGCUUUUGCUUUGGGAUGGUUGAUUUUGUUUCACCAUUUUACUGUAGCGGGAGAGGGGACUGUGUCCGUUCCUUGAAUUCCCAUAUACGUAAAGUAAUAGAAAACUGACAUUGUGAAAUUUACAUUGGUUACAGCACCACUUUGUGUCAGUAGCUCAAGCCCAUUACAGAUAACCACCUCUGUUCACCUGGUUGUGAGUGAGGAUGCCUGCAUUUAAAAUACCAUGAAGUUUUUAUGUGUUGUUCCUUCGGUAUGAUGUCUAUUUUUUUUAUGAUUAUUUUUUGGGCUUUUCCGCCUUUAUUCGAUACAGCUAGGUGAGAAAGGGGGAGGACAUGCAGGAAAUCGUCACAGGUCGGAUUCGAAACCUGGACCUCUAUGUAUGUGCGCCUACUCUACCCACUGAUCCAACCCGGCUAUGUGAUGUCUGAUUUUGUGUGUGCAUUUGCGUUUGUCUGUUGUCUGUAAAGUCAAAAGUAAUGAAUAUAUUUUUACCACAGAUUUUGCAAAUGUGCCAAACUUAGUAAAAUGUAUAUUUGCUGCCACUUAAGCAGUCUUAUCUAUAGUAUGUAAACUAUGUAUGUAUUCAAAGUCAGCUGUGUAAAGCUAAUGACGUCUUAAGAUAUAUUGGUUGUUUUUAAGAUGUUAGAAUGUUGAUGUUGUAUUUAAGGCCAAAUAAAAAGUACAUAAAAGCAUGUGUACUCUGGAUAACUCCCAA